AAUAUCAGUCAUCUCGCAUAAUAUAUGGAUGUGAUGUUGGUCUCUUCCGGGUUGAACAUUUUAAAAACGUACUAUUUACAAACGACUCUUAUUGCAUUAUUAUGUUUCAAUUUUUGGAAAUAUACACCAAUGACACACUUUUAUAUAAAUACAUACUUGUUUAUGUAGCUGCUAGUUAUACUUAUUGCUGAUCUUCUGAAGAGACAAGAUGGUUUCUGUGUGUAUAAUAUCAGCGGACGACGGGCGAAAUAUCACAGCUAAAUUAAAGAAAAGCUUUUCUUUCUGUGAUGUGAAAGAAAUACCUGUCGGUUACGCAGACACUGUAAACGUGAAGGAAAUUCGAGUGUUCGUGUUGACGCCAAUAACUGUGCAAAGACUGAUCAGCGGCGGCCGAUCGUACAUCAAUCGGUUAUUCCAGGAACCAGCCAAUGCUUUGAUCUACUUCUGUUGUGACUCAUCUAAAACUAAGGAGUUUGGGAGCCUUUGUGAGAGGGAAGUUGAAGGAUGGAAGGACGUUUCUAAAUUCAGCUCGAGUGUCUCCAAGGACCUGUUAAAGCUGGAGUACGAGGUAAAAAGCCUGUGUGUGGACGAGGAGGAACAUGGCCACCAUCAUGUCAACAGGUUCCUGCUAAACCCGAAGAACAUCGUCAUGUCGACCAAUGAGGAAGUCCACAUCGUGUUGUUGGACGAGGAGAAGGAUGGACACCGGUUUGGAAAGGUGAAGGUCAUUACUGAUGGCGGGGAGAUAAUGGCGCGGAGAAUCGCAGAUAACGUAUGGGGAUUCUCACCAUGUGAUCUGCCAAUCGGCGACCUGCAACUGUCCGUGACAUGUGACGGAAGUCACAUCGGUUCGGAUAACCUGAAAGUACAAAGCGCAUGCGCAGCGGGGUCGGAAGUGCUGCGUGCUGCAUUGACUGUGCGGCCGGUGGAGACAUUGGCUGAAUUGUUUGACAUACAUUCGAAAGACUUGGACGACGCCCUAGCACGGAUGGAAUGGUCGCAGAUCGUUUCUCGAAUUCUUGAUAUCGAUCUUCUUGCCUUGUGUACCAACUACAGACUGGAAAGGUUUCGGGAGAAAAUCCGUCAUAAAUCAACGGCCCGUCCGGACAACCUCGUGUUUGACACGCCAGACUACCCAUCGUCCCCAGAAGAAACUCAAUUAGCCUCGCCAUUGAGUAGAAAAGCUCCUGACCGAUCUUCAAGACUACCAUCUACACACUCCUGCCCGGCAAAUAUACUAGAAAAUACCAUCGCCAGGGCUGAAACAUCCAGCAGCUGGUCGUCAUCGCAAAAGCGCCUUAGUUUGGACAGUGGGAAGGGCGGAAGUACCGGUUCUGAGCAGUAUCCGAACUCCAGCGUCAAUACGUCUGGCGCCAGUGGAAAGCACCGUAGUCACUCCGGCCAUUUCAAACGUCAACCCGAAGUCGGCUACUCCACCAUUGAUGACAGGACAGGUCACAGGAUAGUGCGCGCAAAUACGGAUUCAAUGUUAGGAAAACAAUCUCCAGGCAGCAGCAGGCAGAAACAACGAUUCUCCCAUUUACAACAGCCGCAAAUUCCUCUGACGAGCUCUGUACGGAAGCACGACUAUGAUGAACCCUGGGAAACCGAAUGUCCGCUGGGAGCCAUGGUCACGGAGGCCAAGGAGACAGGUGGACUUCCGGGCGCCUUGCAGAGGAACGACUCCAAGAGGGCGGGUAUAUGUUUGCAGAAAAACAGUGAAGGAAAGCCGGAAAACAGCAGCGUCGAUCAUGAGGGUACUAGGUGCUAGUUAAAAAGUGUAUAUAUGUUCGUGCUGGGCUAAAAUACGUUUGUAGUUUAGAAGGAAAGAAAAACAUUUUGAUGCUAUCAUGGCAUACCAGCCUUUGAUAUUGUUAACACUUUUCCAUAUGAAUUGUGAGUUUCAUGUUAUAUAAAUCAUAUAUAUAAGUGAAAAUAAUAAGAAAUGAUAUAAUAAUACACUUACUUCAUUGACAUAAUACAAACUAAUAUCAUAAUAAUUUUACGAAGUAAAUAACAACAAAUCUCAUUGUUUUAGUAAAAAAACAUUUUUUUCUAUUUUAGACCUGUUUAUAUCAGCCAUGUUGUUAAGAAAUAUUACGGUAUGACUAGCCAUACUUUUGUGAUCUGUAUUUGACGUAAACUUCUUUGGUUUUUUAGCGGUUUCGCUAUUUCAUAUCCAAUAAAAUAUUUAUAAUAAAGCAAAUAAGAUGAA